GCCUCCAAGAGGCAUAAUGUUUCAACAAAAUAUAAAUACUGCUUGAUCGCGAUGGCUACAUUUUCCUGGUGAUUUUUUUACGAUGUGAAUGACAAUUCUGAGACAAAGAAGUCCACAAUGACGGAUGGGAGGAAUUUCAGAUCACAUUAUUACGAGAAGGUGGGAUUUCGUGGAGUGGAGGAGAAGAAAUCACUUCAAAUUCUGCUUAAAGAAGAUCCUUUAGAUGUUGGGAAGUUGUCGAUGUUCUGUCUCCGUUUUCCUCUGCCUGCGAUGUUCAGACCACUCGUGUGGAAAAUUAUCCUUGGCAUAGUCCCACCCCAUCCAACCACACAUGACUUUGUCAUGCAGCAGCGCAGGGAACAGUUCAACGACCUCCGAGGUGCGCUGAGAAUCAUGGGAUUGGUGGACGAGUCAACUCCGUUGAGCAGCGAGUUCCUCAAGAUGUUUCUCCUGGAGGAACGGAGAUUGCCCUUGGAAGAUGAUCAGUUAAACAUCGAGUGUCUUGAGGAGGAAUGUUUUGUCUCGUUGGCUGAGAACGUCAUCGAUAUAUUUGAUGAUGAGGUUGAUGCCUAUUGGAUCGCUGUCAAAAUCCGCAGGAACAUGAUCGAAAAAGACUCCAUAUUGCAGUUGUCGCAGCGAUUUGUCACGCAGCUUCAGAAGGACGAUCCCCAGUUGAUGCAGCACCUAGAGAGUACGGGAACCCUUAGCCGGAUGGGUCCAGUCUACAAGGCGUGGUUUGGCGGCAUGUACGCAGGAGCAAUCCCCUCAGGACCGCUAGGAAGGGUGUGGGAUCGUUUGCUAGGAGGAGCAGUCUACAUCACCGCCUACGUAGCCCAUGUCUUUGUAGUGACCUACCGCAGGCAACUCCUAGGCAUGACCAAGUUUGACGCCAUACUCAAGUUUCUACUCAAGGUUCCUCCUGACAGUGCUGAAGUGUUGGUGAAUGAUGCUAUUGACAGAUGGGAGAGUAGUGGGAACCAGACCAAACCAGAUGCAUUAUGAUGAAAUGAAGAGAAGGCGCCAGACUAAAAUGGGAGUCGCCCGACUUGGAUGAAAGUGACCCACUCGAGAAGCUUUGUAGUGGGCGUGGCCAAGGUGUUUCUGUGGGCGGCAAAGGCCAUGUGUUUGUGCUGUGUGUGAAGGACACCAGACCAAUGAAGCAUAUUGUAAUGCAUUGAAAAGACGGGAGUUCAUGGUGCCACACUAAUAUCAACUGAUUGCGAUCUUGUUUGUUAUCUGUUUUGCCAAACGACUCGCUCAGCAGAUGCUCAGCAGACGCUCAGCAUACACUCAAUGGCACAAUAAUUCAGACGCGUUAUUAUUGUUCCAAUGAUCAUCAGGUCAGGGAACUUAAGGUGAUUUCAACUCUUCCAAGCUAUUAAAGGCAAAGGAUCAUUUGCAUUUAUCCCAAACAGGAACUUCCUGAAUUAUUAUCCAAUAGCUUACUUGGAUUAAAGAUUGUACUGGUACUAAACACCCUGAUUUUGAACAAUCUUCUUUGGAUUUCGAGUCGUGUUAUUAAUGUAAACCAACAAAAUGCAUGAAAAUGAUUCCCAUAUGCCUUUAAAAGGUUUAGUAUAUUGUGUAGGAGGUUGCAAAGUGUUAUUGAUUGAAGGUGUGCCAUGCGCCUGUGAAAGCUAGCGCAGGUCCGUAAGCUGGGGCCGUAUCAGAAGUCCGACGCCUCUUUUAAGUCCAAUGCCUCAUGUGUCCGACCUAUGAGGCGUCAGACUUAUGGGCCUUUAUUUGGUUAGGGGAUGCGAUUUUGCCAGACUUAUGAGGCGUCAGACCUAUGAGGUGUCAGACUUACAAGCGGACCCCCAUAAGCUUUCUGUGUAAAAUCUAACCACUUUUCAAUUGGCAUGGGGAAUUUUCAAAUUCAUUUGUAUAACCAUACAUAUUCCUGAAUAAUGUUCCAGGGCCAAGACAAUUUUUUGAAUUGAUAUAUGUCAUGUCUGUGUGGCACUCUGGCAAAAUGAGAUGGAACUGGGCACAGGUCGUAGUCGAGAAAAAUGAAAGAAAAAAACACGAACGGGGUAAUUUGUUUUUGAUUUCCAGAUUUAUUGUUAUUUGUUACACUUGAUACUUCACUACACAUAUUUGAAAGAAAUAGUAUAAAAAUGAAAUAAUAGUGUUUCUAUGGAAAAACAAUUAGCAUCUUUUAUUUUCACCACUACAAAACAUAAUACUUUGAAGGCCUUUUUCUCAGUUUUUUACUUUUUUGACUUUGAUAACUGCCAACUUUAAACAGCCAUAAACUUGUCAACGGAACGUCCGAUGGGAGUGCAACAAACAAUAUUGAACGGAGCAUUUUACUCUCUUUCCUUAUACCUGCAAACCCUCAUUUCGACCUCUGCCCAGUUAUGUUUCAUUUUGCUAGAACGCCUUACAUAUCUGUAUUGGCCUGUUUGGUUGUUAAGUGCAAUGAAAGAAUGCUCAAGUUUUGUUGUAGAUAAAGACAUGUAAAAGAUAAGCAGUUGACACAAAUGCAGUUAAGUUUUGUAACAAAAUCUUUAUUUAUAUGAUAUUGGUACAAAAAUACAAUAUGAUUUAAGUGAAU